CUUAGAGGGAGGGCAAGAAAUAAAUGGUGGCCAGAAUUCAGAAGAAACACGGAACCAGAGAAUAAAAUUGAAACAUGACAUUGUGGUAACGUCCUAGAGACAGUACACAGAGGUAUACAGCAAAACUCCAGAGCAGUAUCGAUAUGGCGACUUCCACCAAUGCGGACCUGGAAACUGAUGGCUUCAGUCCUGACGGUGAAACCACUGACCAUGCAGCCAGUUUGGAUGUCUUAAAAAGCCAGCAGAGCCUUCUUCUUCAAGAGAUUGAUGAUGACUUGGGGGAUGGUUUUGAUGGGGAUGGUUUUGAUGACGAUGCAGGAGGAACCCCGAAAGUGUUCAUGCCAGGACUUCAGCCAUUUGACCGGGGGAGAGGAGGACUUCCAAGCAACUGGAGCAAUGGCACAGUCUCUGGGGAUUCCCCGCUCUGUCUGAUGCCGUUGACGAAACAGAGUUGGGAGUUUCAAGCCAUCUUGUCGGAGUUUAAAGAUGCGGAACUGACGGUCAAGACGAUUGAGCGAAUCGAGAAUCGGAAAUUGUGGGAGAAGUUUGAGUUGGAAGAGAAGUGGAUGAAGAAAAAUACAGAGGUGAUGAACGAGGUUUAUUUAUUCCAUGGAACGACAGCCCCACAGGAGCAGAUAUGCCGCGAGGGAUUAGACCAGCGUCUCAGCAGGAUUGGCUACUUCGGACGUGGCAUUUACUUCAGCAAUGAUCCCCGUAAAUGUGUAUCCUACACACAGAGCGAGGAAGGUAGCAAGAGCUUCCAGCUGUCAACGUGUACCAUAUACAAGUGCAGAGUGUUGUUGGGGAAUAUGAAGGUAUAUCCACCAGGACAGAGCGAUAAAUUCCUCAAGAGAGAACCACUUCUGGAGCCGGGUGGCCAUAAAUAUCACGAUUCAGUCAAGGGCCAUGUGAAGCAGUAUGAUGAAUUUGUCAUCUACAAAAGUGAGCGCGUCAUGCCAGAGUAUGUGAUUUCCUGUUUCACGCCAACAGCUCCCUCAACUAACAAGGCGUCAGCUGUCGGACAAACUGUUUCGACAUCCGCGAACCCAGACUCGUACAGUGGCUUAGACGAAGAUGAAGUAAGCGCAGAGCUGAGAGCGGCAUCUGCCAAGAAAACUCAGAAAAAUGGUGCCUCGAAGGAAGAUUGUGCUGUGAACUGCUUGUCUGGAGAUUUGGACGAGGAUGAGAUAAGUGCGGAACUGAAGGCUGGCGCUCUUCCAACAUCGCAACUGGAAGAUGAGGAAACUCAUCCAGAGUUGGAACAGGAGGGAGGCCUAGUGGAACUAGAUGAGUCCAAUAGACACUGGGAGGUAGAAGCUGAAGAGCAAUGGCAUUCUCUUGAGGUGGUUCCUCCAGAAGUGAGUAUUCCGAAGGAGAAGAAGAACCGUUCAAGAAACCAACCUGUUGAGACAUCGGAAACUGAUUUAGAUGUGGUGGAAAAUCACCUUGAGGAUUCUGGCGAAGAAGAGGAGAGGAGUAAUAGUUCAAGUAACCGAAACGUUGAGGACACGGAAACUGAUUUAGGUGUGGUGGAAAAUUGCCUCAAUGAUUCUGGCGAUGAAGCCAGUAAGUCAGGGAUCAGGACUGCUUCAGCUACACACUCUAGCCCUGACGCUCGCCCAUUAGACCAAGAUGAUAAUGCUGCAUGGGGUUCGACUUCCAACGAGCAACAUCAGCGUCAGUUAGAAGCAGUACGCACAAGGAUGAAGGCAAACCAGCCUUUGAAAUCGGCAGGAGAGUCUCGGCAGGAGCCAGCCGCAGUGACCCCAAAAACUGAAACGGAAAGCGGGAGAUACGCUAGAAAGGAACUCAUUGACCCAGAAUUUCUGCCCGUCAUUUUGGAAGUUCGGGAGCGAGUGCAGAGGGCACGGUUGCUUGAAAACCAAAACAAGGACAGUAGUUCUGCAUCUGCUUCUUCCCGAGCGCCAGUGAGGUCAAACAGAGAGCCAGACCCCACCGCGUGGUCCCCAAGUGAAUUAGCAAAACAUAAAAAACUUCUGGAAACCAUUCGAGUGAAAGUUCAGGCGGAUAGAAGGCAGGAGGCUCAGGACAAGAAGAAGAAACAGAGAGUGGCGGGAAAUGAUGAUCAGCAAGAUAUUAUUGACAACUCGGCCUCCUCCUCAUGGAUGGUGGAUGAUGACGGAGUACAGGAACUUCUUGAUACGUUAAUCGUUCAGUUUAUGGAAUUCACGGCGUGCGAGGAAAUUGAGGAGGCCAGGGAGUAUGUGAUGAAGGCAAGCAUGGACGUAAACAAAGCCAUCGUUAAUUACUUAAAUGGAUGAUUCACUGGCAUAAUUCAUAUUGGUAUUUUCUGGCAACGUUUAAAUGAUUGCUCUCUUUUUAGUGAGCAUUUGCUCACUUUUCCCUGCCAAAUAUUCUUCUCAUUUCAUUUUGUAGAGUUAAGUAUCUGCCGUCCGAUUUCACCAAACUCUUCCUAACUUUAGGUGUAAUCUUAGUACUUAGAACAGGUCCCAACUUUGCACCAUAACAUGUGAACAGUAGGAUUAAUCCUAAGUUAGGACGAGUUUUUCGUCCCAACUCGAGAUAGGAACUCCUAGCAAUUCGUGAAAUCGGCUGCUGGUAAGUUCAUCUGGCAACUCAAAAUUAUUAUCUAAUUUUUGGUAAACUGCUGUAUUUAGUGCUUGUUAUUUCUGUGUCUUAAAAAAAAUGCCUUUAAAAGGCCAAUCUGUUGAGCAAGAUGUUCUAAUAGAUCACUCACAGGAGUUAGAAACGGUGUUGAUGUGGGUAGUGUCAUCUAACUAUAUUGGUGCAUACUUUGCAGGAAAAUACUGUAUGUUAAAGUGCCUUAAGCGCUACUGAGUGUGCUAUAUAUAAGAAGCCACUAAUAUUGUUAUCCAACAACUGUUGUUAAACAAAAUCCAACAAUGAUGGUAACUCAAUUCUCAAUCUGUUGGGAUUGUCAUGGUGGUGGAUGCUCUGUCCAAAGUUGAAGAUUAAUUAGUUUGCUACAGUAGUCCUGAUACAACAGAAUCAAACCAAAACAUGCGGUUGGAUUUCGAUUGGUGGGAGUGGCUGUUAUGUAAUCAUUGUGGGCAGGGCCUAAUGGAUUGGUCUAGGUGGAUUGUUACCUUAAAAUUAAUAUCUGCAUUUACGCGUAGAUUUUUACAGUUUACUGACUUAUGGAGAUGGGUGGUCGAUCAAUCAAUCAUUAUAACAUUUAUUUCCACACUCACAUGGAGGCAUCAUCGUCAAAGCUAAAUUCAUCUUCAAAAAGGGGUGAAUAAUAUAUGCACAGAAGGUACCUUGUAAAUGUGUCACUUUGGCUUUGUAACUGAAAUUGCGUAAUAAUGACAUUGAUUGUUGAUUUAAUGCUUCAUUUCUGUUGAGUGAUAAAGACAGGGGACGUGUCUGUACUUCAGGGCUCGAGAUUGGUGUAAAAUUGCUUUCUAGCUCAAAGUACCUAAUUUAAAAAUCAUAACCUUCAUGAGAAAGAGCUUUCUACACAAAUUAACUUGUAAAUUGGUUUUAUUUGAACAAGCACUAACAGUCUUAACAGAAGAUCCAUCUCAUUUGUCUGAUGGGUUAGUAUAUUUUGAUGCUCAUUGGAAUUGUAUAAAUACCAGACUCAAAGUCAACAUUUGAACAUAAUUUCUUUCUACAAAGUGACUAUAUUGUUCAAUGGCAAAACACAAGACUGCCAGACUCGUCAAACCAUCAUGAGUUUACUGGCCCCUUGAGGCUAAAACCACUGCCCUCGGGCCGGCGGCGGCGGUAGUAACAAACUCGAGCCAUGCACUUGAUGUUUAAAAUAAGUAUGUUUUUAAUCCAUGAAGUGUAUCAUGUUACUCAUAUUAUUUUUUCGCAAGGUACCGACUGGUUAUGAUCAUAAAUUCACAUGCACUUUUUGCGACUCGUAUCCUGUUGCGGUUUGUUGGACCCAGAACUUGAGCCUGGUGCACUAUUGUAUAUCGGCCUUGGCAACCAAGCAGUUGUACGAUUCAUAAGAUUGACACUAAAAACUUAAAUAAAUUCCAUUUAUCAAUGAAACAACUUGUACCAUUUUCACUUUUAGUCUUUAUUCAGGCUGGCCUCUAAGUUACAAAAAUUAAUCGUACGAUUAGUUCGUCACUCGAAACUGAAAUAAAUGCUAAUUGUCAAUGAAACAACUUGUAGCAUUUUCACUUAAAGGCAGUGUAUACUUUUUGUAAUUACUAGACAAGUUAAACAGCUACCCGAGCGGAAUGUUUUCAACGCACUUGGUCACCAUUUUAAUGUAAUUUUGAUAUGUGUACACUUCUGAAC